CAUAUUUAAUACGCAAGCAAGAAGGCGGCAUGCUCUUCCCUCUCCCACAAACCAUAAGAAGCCGUCUUCUUCUUCCCCCCAACUUCUGGAAACCCUCAUUCACAAACCAACAUUUCUCCAUCAAAAUGAACGCAAGUGUUCUUAGGAUCGGCAAUAAAGCUCAUUACCACAUAUGGAUGAGGCACUCGCUUUCGGAUUCACUCGGUGUGCAACAGCACCUGCAACAUUCCAAUGCUUUUUACUCCCGAUUCCCUGGUCGAAGAGCCACGGAGAUGGGGUUUUCUGUUCCAGUUCGUGCUCUUACUACUAAGACCAAUGGUAGAACGAUGUCAUCUUCGAUUACAAAUAGUGGAUUUGUUGGUUGGUAUUUGGGUAUGAUUAAAACCCGACCCAUUCUUACCAAAAGUAUCACAUCUGCCCUCAUUUACACUGCUGCUGAUUUAACAUCUCAGACAAUGUCGCGGUUAUCUUCUUCUUCAGAGGGUGGUUAUGAUGUGAUACGGAUUUGUCGUAUGGCUGGAUAUGGAUUGAUCAUAUUGGGCCCGACGCUACAUCUUUGGUUCAACUUCGUGUCAAGAGUGUUGCCAAAGCAAGACCUGAUGGCAACGUUUAAAAAGAUGUUAAUGGGGCAGACGAUAUUUGGACCUAUUAUGACUGCUGUUUUCUUCUCUGUCAAUGCAGCCCUACAAGGUGAAAGUGGUGAAGAAAUUGUAGCUCGAUUGAACCGAGAUAUGGUGCCCACAAUGAUCAACAAUGUUCUGUACUGGCCUAUAUGUGAUUUUAUUACUUUCAGAUUUGUCCCCGUUCAUUUGCAGCCGCUAGUCAGCAACUCUUUUUCGUACGUAUGGACGAUUUACAUUACGUACAUGGCCAACUUAUCAAAAGCAGCAGCAGCCAACUCAUAGAACACCCUCCAUCUACAAACUGUGAUCACUGCCCUUUUCAAAGCCUAAAGGGUCUGUGCAGAAAUGGCAUCUAUUGUACACAGUCAGCAGGAUCAUGUAAUAUGUUUGUUCAUUGAAACCACAGGGCAAAUCUAUACAAUUGUUAACGAAUAUGUUUUCAUU